CCACUUUUUAAAUGUCAUUCAAGCUGAUGGAACGUCUACGUUACUGUGUGUGCGCGCGCGUGUGUGUGUGUGUGUGUGUGUGUGCGCGCGCGCCAGUGCAGAUGUCCUCCUCCUCGUACACGUACGCGUCCACGGCGCAUUCCGUGCACGUGCUGCGCCGCUUGGACGAGCUGCGUCGGCGGGGCGUGCUUUGUGACGUCACGGUUCAGGUGGAGGGCCGCGAGUUCGACGCCCACCGUGCCGUACUGGCCUCGUGCAGCGAGUACUUCGCGCGCCGGCUCCACGGAGACGUCGACGUCGUCACGCUGCCGCCCGAGGUAACCGUUAGUGGUUUCGAGCCUUUGCUGAAGUUUGCCUACACGUCCAAGCUGCUCUUCAGCAAAGACAACAUCCUGGAAAUACGCAACUCUGCGUUCAUCCUGGGAUUCAGAGACCUGGACGAGGCCUGUUUUUACUUCCUCCUUCCAAAGUUCUGCUCCACCAGUGCGGGCGUGGCGGCAUCAUCGUGGAGGAAGAGCUGCUGUAAGAAGAAGAGCAAGAGGCGCCUGGCCAAGGAGGACACUGACAGUGACGAAGACGUCAAACCGGUUUCUGACGACUCAGAAGCGCCUCAGCCCACGACAUGCCGUCUUCCGCCUGCAGCCUUCACGCUGGGGCCCAAAUAUCGCAAGUUCCAGCUGACUUGUGGGAAAGAAACUGAAAAAAGCGGGAAUGAUGCGGCCUUGGACAGCCAGCAUGGUACCAGUGAAACGUGUGAGCUGCAGACAGGACCACAGGUUCAAGUCCAGAAUGAGGACCAAGUGAAGGUGGAUGAGGACACCACCCAGAGGUCACCAGGCCUAAUGUCUCAUCGCUGCCCCGUAGAGUCUGUUGGAGAUGAAGAAACAGGACAAGAAUCAGGAACAAGCUUCUCUGGUGGUUCUGAUCUGGUACCAGAAGAUCCAGCAGGUGAUACCCGGAAAGAUGACCCGGAAGAGAUGGACCUCUGGUUCGCUGGCUCCACUGGUUCCACCAGCACCAAGUGCUCCUUCCUCGGCCAGGACCGGGACAGCAGCAGACCCUCGUGGAAGGGAAGCACCAUGCUGUCCGAGAGCGAGGGAGCGUCCAUGUCUGGCCUGUCGUCCCUCAACUCGGGCGAGGACGACGAGAAUGGGAACUCGGAGACGGAGGGAGACAGCGAGUCGUACACGAGGGAGAGGGCACGACAGGUGCAGCUUCCCUUCUCUGUGGACUGGAUCGUGAACCUGAGCAGGACGGACCUGCAGCGGCUGCUGAGGCAGCAGGCGUUCACGCGCGAACAGCUGGACCUGAUCCACGAUGUGAGACGGCGCAGCAACAACCGGCUGGCCGCCCAGCGCUGCCGCCAGAAGAAGCUGGAGUGCAUCUCCAACCUGCAGGGUGAAAUCAACAAGCUGAAGUGCGAGCGUGACAAGCUGAAGAUGGAGAAGAACCACCUGAGCCAGCUCCAGCAGACGACCCGUCGCAGCGUGGACACGCUGUAUCAGAAGGUCUGCAGCGAAGCCCACCUGCAGCCCGAGCAGCUCCAGGUCUUUGCCAGGUACACGUCUCCUGGAUGCCCUCUGUCCGCCCACGUGGACUCGGUCCUCUCACCUCAAAAGGCCAGGCCUGCAUCGUCUGGUCUGGAUGAUGCUGCGUCAAUGACGGGGGAGAGUGAACAUUUUGAGGACACGGAUGAGCCUUAGAUGGAUGUUUCUAGAGCGCAGCUUUGACACAUCCAAUAUGGCGGCGACGUUGACGUACGGCUCAGCGCUCGAUGCGGCAUCUAUGUAUGUAUGUAUGUCUACGGUAGGAAGUAUAAUCACUUGUUAGUUCCUCUUUAUUUUAGGCAUGACAUGGAUCCGUUUUAAUGUGUAGCUGCAGAUGGACGACAAACAAACAAGCUACAGUGAAUUAAACAGUUAUUCAUAUGAUGAAACUGACUGGUCUUGAUGUACGUCAUCAUUGUGCAAUACGCUGUUUACGUUCCUUCGGUGGCAACAUCGUCAGUGUGUGAAUGACAGCAUAUUCUAUUUAUUUUCCUUUAGGGUACAAAUCCAUUCAGUCAUUCUAUAGUAACAUCGUCAAAUGUGUUCACAAAAAUCUCAUUCAGAGUGUAGCAUUGGAAAUCUGCUGGUAUGAGUCCCACUUUAUAAUAAGUCCGUGUGAAACCGGAAGUAGCUGAUAGCUAAACUGUACAACUGUCCUGGCGAUAGUUAAUCACACCGUGGAUUAAGUUAACAAAACAUUAACUGCUGUGUGAACGUGAUGAAUUUAGGAUAAAAAAGGGAACCAGUGAUAGGAACUAAAGUUUCGGAAAUUGUCUUGUCAGAAGUGUCUUGCCGAACUCUUGCCAAAUACUUUAGUUGAACUGUUUGAACUCGUUAGUUUAAGGUAAACACUUUGUAAUAAACAUUUCGUUUUUAUUACAAAUCUGUGAAUCAAUUCACGUAGUUUAUGAAUUAAGCGCUGUUAAGGCUAUAUAACACAAAAUGGAACUGAAGGUAGCAAUUACAGUGUGUCAGUCAUCGAAGUUCUUCGCUCCUAUUUGCUGCCUCCCCAAACUAGGUUUACGCCCACUUUGAGGCGCCAAUCCAUAUUCAAUAAGACAACUGCAAAGUGAAAACAACGUUUUGUCAUAAAUAUAAAACUUUUAUUGCAUUGCUAUUUGGUUGCUGGUUUGGUUGCCAUUAAAAAAACAAAGCCAAUAUUUCAGUCUGCCAUAAUAAAAGAACAUUACACUAACAGCAAUUCCGGUAACAGUUGUCUAUUUAUUGGGUGGUGAAAGUGACAUUAUGUACAGUUGCAGAGCAGCUACAAGUUAUAGCGUGAACGCAUGUUUACUUGUCUUGCAUUUUUUCCAAGAUGGGCACAAUCAUGUCAAACUUGGGUCUCUUGGCGGCGUCUUCGUUCAUGCACAGCCUCAUCAGCUUGCAGAUGUGAGGGGAAAUCCCUGGCGGAAUGGUCGGUCGAAGGCCUUCCAGAGCCACCUGAGAGGAGGAAGGAAACGUGGGGUUAUUUUUUCGGCACGUGGUGUAGGGGGUAGUCCCAGUCAACUGGUGGCCCGUGGGCCAAAUCCGGCCCAUUAAAUGUGAGUUCACUUUAAAACUAACAUUUUUGCAGCAGAUACCUAAAAACAGGCUGCUGUCAUAUAGAGGACAUAAAUGUUUAUAUGCAUUUAUAGUGGAUAUAUACAGUAUAUUUUUUUGAAGUAGAGUCCUCAAAACAGCAGAUUGCUCCUGUUAUACGGAGGUUUUUUGCAGCAGAAUCGUAAAAAGAGCAGAAAAUAUAGAUAGGAUAUAGAGAGGAUCUUUGAGUGUUUUUGUAGUAGGUCCUUAAAACCAGCAGAGUGCUCCUGUCAUGUGCAGGAUCUCGUGUAUUUGCAGUACAUUCCUAAAAACAGAAGAAUGGUCCUGUCAUUUAUAGGAUCUUUGACUCGUGUUUUUGCAUUAGGUCCUUAAAAACAGCAGAGUGCUCCUGUCAUAUAGAGGACAGAGGAUCUUUGACUAGUGUUUUUGCAGUACGUCCUUAAAAACAUCAGAGCAUCCCUGAUCUUUGGCUUGCUUUUGGGGAUAAUUCCUAAAAACGGCAGAAAAUUCCCGUCAUCUUUGACCUAGUGUUAGGUGCUUAAAAACAGCAGAGUCCUCCCUGAACGCACCUCGCUACUCUGCUCUUUGCUUGCUACGCUGUGCACCAUGAGGUGUGUGCCAUGUUUAUGGGCGACCUGGCCAAGGUCGAGCAGGAGGGGAAGGACAUCAAGUGUGAAGUUAACACAGCUACAUCACCUUCAUAUCUGCUAGACAAGAAGGUGCUAUAAAGAGACGAACGUCUCAACGAUUGUUGUGUUGCAGGUACAGUUUUAUGCCUAGUUGGAUUCUAGUCUGUACUUUUAACUGUAUGAAGUGGCACAGAAAAUGAAUGAAUGAAUGAAUGAUCCGAGGAGUUGAAUCAGAGCAACUGGACUAGCUUGAUUUUCUUAAAAGAUGUUUCCCCUCUUAUCCAAGUCCUAGUCCAGGUUUAAACUCCUCAGAUACACCAUGUACUGAAAACCUUUACACACACUUAUUCUUCAAAUCAUUUUUGAAUUUGUGGAUAAAAAUGUAUUGUUCCUGAGGAAGCGGGCGGGAUAUAAUGCUUGCAGCACGUUAGAAAGUAAGCGCCCUCUAUUCCGCUGCAUAAUUGUUGCAAACAGGCCCUUUAAAGAUAAGAUAUUUUAGUUUUAGGUGAAAAAUGUCCUUAGUUUGGGUUGCCGCUUGCCACUGACAGGUGGUGGUGGGUCCCAUAGCCAAACCAGUUGAGAACCACUCAUACUGUAUAGAGGAUCUUUGACUAGUGUUUUUACAGUAGAUUCCUAAAAACAGCAGUGGCGGUGUAGGGUUUAGUAAGUCCUGCUUGCCUUCAUGCCUAUCUCCAUAGGAGAAAGAUCUGCAAAGGGCACCUCUCUGGUCACAAGCUCCCACAACAGCAUGGCAAAACUCCACAUGUCUGCAGACCUCCUAUUGAUGUCCUCAGACCUCUUCUGCAGGGCUGAAACGUCACAAAAGAAUCUUGAACACUUCUAACGUGAAGUCGUUUCUCAUGUUUGAGAAAGAAGAUGAGAGAAGAAGAAGAACAUACCUUCAGGGGCCACCCAGGCAGGAGCGUACAUGCGACCGGGACACUGGAAGGAGAACUUUGCAUCUGCCAUGCUUAUCCUGGCCGUCAUGUCCUCGUCAAUCUGCCGGUUAGAA